AUGAGAGACUGCCUGUUGUAUGAGUUGACAAGGGAAUCCGGGUUUACCAAGAACCCCGCCAACCUCACGGUAACCCAGGGCAACAUGGCUCGACUGGGUUGUGCCAUCGAGGGCCUGAGUGAGCCGGAGAUCGUGUGGAUGAAGGACGGGGAGAAGUUGUACAGUACAGACCAGAUGUACAUCACCGUGGAGCAACACCACUGGGAGACCUUCCACAGUGUGAAGUCUGUCCAGCAGCAGGAUGCAGGGAAGUACUGGUGUGAGGUAGAGUUCCGAGGCUCGACCAUCUCUUCGGAGCCCGCCUGGAUAACAGUAGAGGUCAGUUAA